GUUGUACUUUCCAGACAGACAAGAACGGCUGUGCUACUUUUAUUUUCAAGAUGUCAACUGUCCCACAACCAAACUUCCCCCCAAUUUUUUCCCGCUUUUUUUUGCUGCCAGAAGAUAAUCUGGUUCUCAGUGCCAAGGUGACAGAGGAUGGGACAGGAAUUUCACACUCACAAGGAAAAGCAGUAAAGAUUUCUUAUGUCAUUGGAAAGCUUUCUUUUAUUGACACACCCAAGAUUUAUGACCGGGGAUCAGUUGUGGAAGGAAAAGUUAAAGUGGUUCACUACAAUGAUACACCCAUUCCUGACACAGUGGUCUACCUGUUCAGUGGUGGCACGUGGUCAUUGCAUCUGACACAGAGCCUCACAACAGACAGUUAUGGUGUUGCCACUUUCUCAUUUAACACAUCGACUCUGAACGGGGACAUCACACUUAGAGCUCGUCUUACAAAAACGCCAGAGCACACAGACAGACACCCAUACUAUCAGGAGGCAGUUCACACCUUGUCCCUGAUCCGGCCACCUUCUCCUCAUUCUAUAACUGCCAGUUCUCUGGAGUUGAAGAAGAAGGACAAACCGCUUCGCUGUGAUAGAGAAGAGACCAUCUCCAUCCAAUACACUAUAGCUGGACAGAGCCAGAGCUCUGUGGAUGUGAUGUAUUUGAUUUUAUCCAGAGGGGCCAUUGUCAUGCAAGGAUUUAAAAAGGUUGAGCACAGUGAACAAGUGUCGGAGGGUGAGGUGUCCUUUGAGUUGAAAGUGUCUCCAGACAUUGCACCAGUUGUCCAGGUUGUGGCUUACGCCAUCCUCUCCAGUAAGACUGUGAUCGCCACCAGUGCUGACUUCUCCACUGAGAAAUGCUUCAGUCACAAGGCAUCUCUGGAGUUUUCUCCAUCCUCAGCUGUCCCAGGGGAGGAGACCACCCUGCAGGUGACGGCCCAGCCAGACUCUCUGUGUGGUGUGAGCGCUGUCGACCAGAGCGUCCUCAUCAAGGAGCCCGGGAAGACUCUGAAUGCAGACAAGAUAUUUGACCUGUUGCCUGUCAAGAAAGCACCCAGUGUUCCACAUGAGGUUGAAGAUCAUGUGCAAUGCAGCAGUUGGAGAGGAAUAGGAUCCAUGUUCUCUUCCCAAAGACAAAGAUGUAGACAUGACAAGAAAGAUCAUGCUUCUGAAAUUUUCCAGAGUUUGGGACUGAAGAUGGCAACAAAUGGGUUUUUUACAUCGUGUUACUGCCCACUGACCAUGCGCUACUCUGUUUCUAGGAACCACAAGAUGAAAACCUUUAGCAGAAGAUUACAUCUUCUGAAUUCUUCACCUGUUGCAGCCGCUCUCCCUGCUGGUCCUGCUCCUCUUGCUCCUCCUGCUCCUCCAAUAGAGACAGUUCGCACUUUCUUCCCUGAGACGUGGAUAUGGGACCUGGUGGAAGUUGGAGAGUCUGGAACGAAAAAUGUGUCCCUCACUGUCCCGGACACCAUCACCACCUGGGAGACGGAGGCUUUCUGUCUGUCCCCUCAGGGUUUUGGCUUGGCUCCUCGUAAAGAGAUCACCGUCUUCCAGCCUUUCUUCCUCGAGCUCAGCCUGCCCUACUCCAUCAUCCGAGGGGAGCAUUUUGAACUGAAGGCAACCAUCUUCAACUAUCUGUCCAGCUGCAUCAUGGUCACUGUGGCUCCAGACGCCUCCCUAGAUUACACCCUCAUCCCCCUGUCUGAUGACCAGUACACAUCCUGUUUGUGUGGAGGUGAGCGCAAAACCCUCAGCUGGACCAUGGUCCCCUCAGCCCUGGGGGUUGUGAAUGUGACGGUGCGUGCUGAGGCUGUGGCAUCCCAGACUUUAUGUAACAAUGAGAUUGUGAGCGUGCCAGACAGAGGUCGUAUUGACGUGGUCACACAGUCUCUCAUAGUAAAGGCUGAAGGAACUGAGAUGACAAACACCUACAACUGGCUGCUGUGUCCAAAAGGAGAAGCACUGACAGAGGAAGUAGACCUGCUGCUCCCUGAGAAUGUGAUCGUUGGAUCUGCCCGAGCUUCAGUAUCAGUGCUGGGUGACAUUUUGGGCCGAGCCAUGAAGAACCUGGAUGGGCUGCUGAAGAUGCCGUAUGGAUGUGGGGAGCAGAACAUGGUGCUCCUGGCCCCCAACAUCUACAUCCUCCAGUACCUGAGAAACUCACAGCAGCUGACCCCAGCCAUCAAGGAAAAGGCCACCAACUUCAUGACCAGUGGCUACCAAAGACAGCUGAACUACAAACAUUCUGAUGGUGCUUACAGUGCUUUUGGAUCAGGAGAGGGGAACACUUGGCUCACUGCUUUUGUUCUGAGAUCCUUUGUCAAAGCACAGUCCUUCAUCUACAUCGACCCGAGCAACACUGAACAGCCAAAGACUUGGCUGAUCAGCAAACAGCAAAAAAAUGGCUGUUUCCAAAAGUCAGGAAAACUCUUUCACAACAGAAUGAAGGGUGGUGUGUCUGAUGAAGUGACUCUCAGUGCUUAUGUCACUGCUGCUUUCUUGGAGAUGAAUAUGUCUGUAACGAAUCCUGUCAUGAGGAGGAGCUUAUCGUGUCUCAGGGAGUCUAUCAGUGACCUCAACAACACCUACACUACAGCUCUGCUGGCGUACGUCUUCACCCUGGCAGGAGACAUGGAGACCCGUGCUUACCUACUGAAGCACCUAGACACUGUUGCAAUACAAGAAGGAGGUUUCCUCCACUGGUCUCAGACAGCAGCAGAAACAUCAGCCUCUCUGGCUGUGGAGAUCAGCUCAUAUGUGCUGCUGGCCAAACUCAGUGCACCUCCUUCUGCUGAAGACCUGGGAUAUGCCACCCGAAUCGCCAGGUGGCUGACGGGUCAGCAGAACCAUUAUGGAGGCUUCUCCUCCACACAGGACACCGUGGUGGCUCUUCAGGCUCUGGCUCUCUACUCCACUGUGGUGUUCAGCCCAGAGGGUUCAAGCACAGUGACAGUCCAGUCUCCCAGUGGCCAGCUAACAUUUGAUGUGAAUCAGAACAAUCGACUGCUCUACCAGGAGGAGGCGCUGCAGGAUAUGACAGGAAAGCACAGCCUGGAGGUGGAGGGCACUGCAUGUGCUGCAGUACAGAUUUCUCUUCACUAUAACGUCCCAACUCCUACUGAUGUCACAACCUUCAGUGUUGAAGUCGAACCAGAGGCCGACUGCACCAGUGAAAGACCCAAAAUCACUCUGACACUAAAGUUCCUAUAUACUGGAAAGGAGACCACAACCAACAUGGUGAUCCUGGAUAUCAAAAUGCUGUCUGGAUUUGUCCCAGACCAAGAGUCUCUGAAGAAACUCAAAGGUGCCCUGCUGGUGGACCGUGUUGAACAAUCAGACGAUCAUGUUCUGGUGUACAUACAGGAGUUAACAAAGGACAUACCCAUCAACCUCAGCUUGGAGCUCAUACAGGAGGUUCUAGUGCAGAACCUGAAGCCAGCCGUGGUCAAGAUCUACGACUACUACCAGCCAAGUGACCAGGCUGAGACAGAAUACAUCUACCCUUGUGCUCCAGAAAACUUUUUGUGGGACCACAGUGAGAGGUGGGAGUUUGAAGAGUGAUGUGAGGUCUCCACUGAGAACUGUGACCCCCAUUGACUGCACCAUAAUUGAACAGGACUUGGACUUUAAGAUUUGAUUGAAGAUAAAUGUGACUGCAGAAACAUACUGAAUAUUCAUGUUUGUGUGUGCACAAACUUGAGAACACAGCUCACAUAAAAACCUGUUUCUUUCCUGA